CAUAUGAGGAUUCAUACCGGUGAGAAACCGUACAAUUGUUCAAAGUGUGGGAUGAAUUUCACCCAGAAAGAGAAUUUGGAUAAACAUAGAAGGAGGAUUCAUAGCGGUGAGAAACCGUACAGUUCUUCGGAAUGUGGGAUGAAUUUUGCCGAUUCAUCGAGUCAGCUUAGGCAUUCGAGGACUCACACUAAUGAAAAACCGUACGCUUGUUCUGUGUGCAAUAAAAAAUUCUCUCAAUCAAGUGAUAUGAAACGUCAUAUAAAGAUUCAUAGCAAUAAUAGGCCCAGAUUUAGCUGCAAAUGCGGCAAAACUUUCCUGCGGAUGUCCUUGAAAAAACACGUGAAGAAUUGUGUAGGAUGA